UAUGGAAGUCACACUCUUCACUCUAUCUUCUUCCUCCUCCGCUUUCCUCUCCUCUCAUCUCAAACCAAAACUCAAACACCCAUGUUCCUUAUCAAAACGACCAACCCUUCAUCUCAACAACACUAAAGCUCUUCCCUUUCGGGUCACCAGCUCACUCUCUGUCCCCCAAUGCGACACCUCACUCCCUCCGGCGGUGCAGACCUUCUGGCAGUGGCUCCGGGACGAGGGUGUAGUCUCCGGCAAGACACUUGCGAAACCAGCUUUGGUCCCUGAAGGCAUGGGACUCGUGGCUCAGAGAGACAUUGCCAGAAACGAGGUUGUUCUGGAGGUCCCAAAGAGGCUGUGGAUAAGCCCGGAUGCUGUGUCAGCCUCGGAGAUUGGAAAUGUGUGCGGUGGGUUGAAGCCUUGGUUGUCUGUGGCUCUGUUUUUGCUUAGAGAGAAGAGUAGAGACGAUUCCAAGUGGAAGCUUUACUUUGAUAUUCUUCCUGAGACUACUGAUUCGCCUGUGUUCUGGUCAGAAGAGGAGCUUGAUGAGCUUCAAGGAACUCAACUUUUGAGCACAACAAUGAGUGUCAAAGAGUAUGUGCAGAGUGAGUUUCAGAUUGUGGAACAAGAAAUCAUCCUUCCUAACAAGCAGCUUUUCCCUUCUCCUAUCACAUUGGAUGACUUUUUUUGGGCAUUUGGUAUACUGAGAUCUCGGGCAUUCUCGCGCCUCCGUAAUCAAAGUCUUGUUUUGAUCCCAUUCGCAGACUUUAUUAACCACAGCUCAAGUGUAACUACAGAAGAGCAUGCAUAUGAGAUCAAAGGAGCAGCAGGUCUUUUCUCUUGGGAUUAUCUGUUUGCUAUAAAAAGCCCACUUUCUGUCAAGGCCGGAGAGCAGGUUUACAUCCAGUAUGAUAUAAACAAGAGCAAUGCUGAGUUAGCUUUAGACUACGGAUUCAUAGAGUCAAAGGCAAAUCGGAAUGCCUUCACCUUGACAUUGCAGAUAUCAGAGUCAGACCCAUUUUAUGGGGACAAGCUGGACAUAGCUGAAUCAAAUGGUAUGGAUGAGACUGCAUACUUCGACAUAUUUUUGGACUGUUCACUUCCAGAAAAAAUGCUUCCGUACCUGCGGCUGGUAGCUCUCGGAGGAACCGAUGCUUUCCUCUUGGAAUCUGUAUUCAGAAAUUCUGUCUGGGAAUUUCUUGACCUGCCUGUGAGCCGUGCCAAUGAGGAGCUCAUAUGCAGAGUAGUUAGAGAUGCCUGCAAAUCUGCUCUUUCUUCGUAUCCCACCACCCUUGAAGAGGAUGAGAGGUUAAAAGAAUCAGAACUCAAUCCAAGGCUGGCGAUUGCAGUUGGAAUCAGAGCAGGGGAGAAGAAGGUGCUGCAACACAUUGAUAGUAUUUUCAAGGAUAGAGAAUUAGAACUAGACAUUUUGGAGUACUACCAAGAGAGAAGGCUGAAGGAUCUUGGACUUUCCGGGGAGCUAGGAGACAUCAUCUUCUGGGAGUAGUGGAAGUUCUUGUUACAAAUCGAUGGCAAAAGUACUGAGAAUUCCCUGAAGAGGAUGAGGAAGCAUUUUUACUUGAACAAUGGAUCCCAUUAAGACAUUUGUGUUGCUUAUUGUACUUUUAUGGCUGACGUACCAGCAGAGCUACUCCUACCAAUAUUGAAACAC